ACAACACCAAGAACACUUGGCCUUCUGACAAACGCCAAUUCUCGCUCAGCAUCCUGUUCCUGUCCUAUAACACCUGGUUCCUUGCGCCUACAAUGCGUCAAUGAGAGCAAUAUAUAGACUUUCCGGUUUACAUCAUCACUGACCAGAACCCCUCGCCAUGCUCUCAACCGGCUUCACGGAUGCCCCUGUGUCCCGCAGCCUUGUGUAUGGCAUCGUCGCAACGUCAAUCCUAGUCAGCAUCACAGAUGCGAAGCACUACUUCUAUAUCCAGGUCGACCCUCACCUAUGGCAGUACCAUCAGAUAUGGCGGGUCUUCAUCUACCAACUCUGCUGCACCAAUUCGACCGAGGUGCUCUUCGCCGCCAUGACAUUCUACAAUAUGCGAGUGAUAGAGAGACUAUGGGGCUCUCGUAAAUACGCUUCCUUCAUCCUCCUAACCUACGCCCUGACAACGAUCGUCCCACCCCUCCUCCUCGCCCUCUUCCUCCGCCCCCUCUCCUUCAACACCUUUAACUACCUCCCCGCCGGCCCCACGGCCCUCCUCUUUGCAAUCCUCGCUCAGUACCACGCCGCCAUCCCCCAUAUCUACAAAUACCGGCUCGCGGCCUCCGCAUCUCCACCCACUGACGCCCCCUUCGUCGGCCUCACCCUCUCCGACAAAUCCUACACCUACCUACCCGCACUCCAACUCUCUCUCUCCCAAUUCCCGGGCUCUCUCCUCUGUGCCGUCAUAGGCUGGGUAGCAGGUCAUAGUUUCCGGAACGAUAUCCUGCCCGGCGCAGUCACGAGAUGGAGGGUUCCCGGCUGGGUGGUGGGUAUCAAGACGCAGAAGCGAGCUGAGGAAUUCGAGGGGUUGAGGAGGAGGCUCGAGAGCGAGAAUUCCAAUCCGAUCCUGGCGACAGGUAGCGAUGGACGCUUGGGCGGGGAGCAGGGCAGGAGGAGAACGCUGGGAAGACAGCUUCUAGAUCAGUUCAGGGGCGCUUUUUGAGACGGAAACGUAUAUAUAUACAUAUGUGCUUCCAGUUAUAAAGAUGCAUUUGAGCGCGCAAUAUAUAGAAAACUCUAAUCAAAAAAUCGAUCUACAAAACAAAACAAGG